AUGAGUUACAAUUUCUCCUUAAAUCAAAAUCUGUUUUCUCUUUCCAAGUGGGUUCGAGGAGCUACGAUUGGCCAUGGAAGCUUUGCCACAAUCAGCAUAGCAACACCCAGAAAAUCCUCUGCUGAUAUCCCUUCACUCAUGGCCGUGAAAUCCUCCCAAGUUUCUUGUGCCGAUUCGUUGAAGAACGAGAAAAGAGUGCUUGAUACGAUCGGAAGUUUCCCGCAGAUUGUUCGAUGUUUCGGCGAAGAACAGAGCGUCGAGAACGGUGAGGAGUUUCACAAUCUUUUCAUGGAGUUCGCCUCGGGAGGAAGCUUGGCCAACAGAAUCAAGAGUCAAGGCGGUCGUUUAUCGGAAUUGGAGAUUCGACGGCACGCGAGAUCGAUACUAAAAGGUCUUUCUUUCAUCCACGCGAAAGGGUUCGUCCACUGUGAUAUUAAGCCUCAGAACAUCCUUGUCUUCGACGACGGAGCCGUCAAGAUCGCCGACUUCGGGCUCGCAAAAGAGGCGAAGAUGGAACAAAACCAGUAUAUGAUAAGAGGUACUCCCUUAUACGUAUCGCCGGAGUCGGUAAACGACAACGAGUACGAAUCGCCCUGCGACAUUUGGGCUCUCGGCUGCGUGGUGGCGGAGAUGGCAACUGGAAAGCCGGUGAGGGAUCACGAGGAGGGAGCGAGUGUUUGGCCUCUGUUGCUUAGAAUUGGUGGAGAAGAAGAGCCGGAAAUUCCCUCGGAGAUUUCGGAGGAAGGCAAGGAUUUUCUCAGAAAGUGUUUCGUUAAGGAUCCGAGGAAGAGAUGGACGGCCGAGAUGCUUCUAAUUCAUGCGUUUGUUUUGUCUGAUUAUGAUAAUGGUGAUGAUGCUAACGACACUGUUCUAUUAAACGGGGAAAAUUGCGUAUCUUGUUCUCCAAGAUGUCCUUUUGAUUUCCCCGAAUGGGUUUCGACUUCGGAGCCCGAGAUUUUGCCGGAAUCAGCUUGUUUUCCUUCGCCGGCGGAUAAAAUCCGGGAGUUGGUGACAGAGGAGAGACCCAAUUGGUCGUUUGCCGACAGUUGGGUAACGGUCAGGAAUUACAACAAUUGUUGCUAG